GGUUUAAUUGAUACUGCUCCUUUGUCGACUGCACUCACAUGGUCAUAAAGUAGCCCUAUAAACCUGCCUGUUACUGAAAAUCGUAAGGAAGUUGUAUAGAACCUGCCAAGGUGAAAGCAUAAUCAGACGUUCCCUAAACAUCGAGCUAUAACCGGAUCAUGACUAGCAGCAGUUCACUGCCACUGGUGGUGCUAUGUAUGGUGCUGCUGGUUCUGGCUGACGUCAUGAUCACCCCCUGCCUGUUUGUUUUUGUCCUGGCAGUAUCCUCCGAUACCCGUUAUAGUUUGCGCAACACUUUGUGCGCCAAUAGACAACAGUUGUACUGGUUCUAGUAAACAAAGCAAGUCAACCGUUGGAGACAGCCUACUGUAUAAUGUAGCCUGAUCUUUCGAGACGCUACGAGCAAAAUAAAUUAUCCUACAGCCUACCCAACUUUACAGACCAAGUGAACCAGAAAGUGAAAGACAACAUCCCUUCAAUUGCAUCAGCCAUCAUAAGAUCCACCAUGGAGGUGUCUCACACCGUGGAAACAGAGGAGCUGAUGACAUGCCUCCAGAUCCAGCUCUACCACCCCCAGCAGGCUUCCAGGGCUCUGUACCGCAUGUUGCCUCUGGACACCAGACACAAGCUCCAGGCCGAGGACCCAGUGAAGCUGGGCCGGGAUGCCCAGGCCUGCACCUUCGUGCUGGCCGACCCCCGUGUCUCCCGCAAGCAGCUGUCCUUGCAGGCCUACCGCACCUCCAACAGCCCGGACAUGCUAUUUUCUGUGCAGAACCUGAGCCAGAAGGGACGUGUGACUGUCAAUGGGUUUGAGUUGGGGUUCCUGGAGAGGGCAGAGCUGCCGGGUAAGGCCUUGAUCCGGUUCGGGGAAUACGAGAUGCUGAUACGCCGUGAGAAUGGAGAGGCGAAGGGGAGCUUUGAGGUGGAGUUUCGGGUGCUGGCAGUACCCCCUUCCAGAGAGAUGGGCAUGGUCGUGCCAAAUAUGGUGCCCGUCAUGGACACGGGCUCAGACCUUUCAACCAAUGGCAUCCCACCACUCAUGAGCCAAGGGCCAAUGGAGAUGGAUGAGACAAUCAUGUACCAAUCAGGCAGUGCGCUUCUUUCAUAAAAUAGUUUUACUACAAUAACAGCCAUAUUGUUUUGAUUAUAUUGUAUUAUUUUCUCUUUAACUAGAAGCAGUUUUCUUGAAAAAUGCUGAUGUUAAACAUUCUGAAAGCUUAAAUCAAAAUGUUGACUGUAUGUGGCGCCAAGCUAUCAGUACCUCAAAUGUUUUUAUAUUCUACCUUAUAACCCACUCCUCAAGUAUUAUUCAGAAUGUUACGUUAUUUUAUAAAAUGUGAAACUAAAGCUUGUGAAUAUGACCCUUUUUCAUGAUACCCAAAUAAGAGCAAGUAUCAGAAUUCAAUGAAGGACGAGGUUAGGGUGGGGGAAGGAUAUUGUUUUGUCACCGUUUAGUAAAUGUUGAUUUUAAUAAACUGUUUUAUUUGA